UUCAGCCACAUAAAACUAAGAAAUUACAUAGUUUGUUUGUCUGUAAAAGACAAAUUAAAAAUUUUAAAACUACUCGACGAUGGUGAAACCAGGAAAAAUAUUUACUCCAAAUUCAAUUGCAGUGCGCCGACGGUAUCUAGAAUAAUUAAACAAAAAGAUACAAUCCUUAAAGUGGCUGCCCAAAACCAAAAUUUAUUAAGGAAACGUCAGCGCACUGGAGCACAAAAGCAAGUGGAUAAAUCUUUGUCCAUUUGGUUUAAAGACAUGCGCUCUAAAAACGCCAUAAUAACUGGGCCAAUGCUCAUGGAUAAGGCAAAAAGUUUUUCUUUGAUGCUGGACGUCGACUUUGAGCCGACAAAUGGAUGGUUAGAUCGAUGGAAAAAACGAGAAAACAUCCAAUUUAAAAAGCUUUGUGGAGAAAAAAAUUCGGCUGACACAGUUGCUGCUAAUGCUUGGCUAGAAAAUGUGUGGCCAGACAUUCGUCAAAACUACGAUCCUGAUGAUAUUUAUAAUGCGGAUGAAUCCGGGCUAAUGUUUAAGGCUCUACCAACGGGUUCAUUGGUGAACAGAACUGAACAGGAACACCCUUCAGGAAUGAAGUUACCAAAGGAUCGUAUUACGAUCCUUUUUGUUUCGAAUUCAACUGGAACAGAUAAAAUGAUUUUCUGUAUCGGUAAAUCUCGUAAUCCAAGAUGCUUUAACAAAAACACGAUUCCUGUUAAAUAUUAUGCUAACACCAAAGCUUGGAUGACAAGUAACAUUUGGACGAUGAUCAUGCAAGAUUUGGACAACACAUUUAAAGCAAAAAAAAAAAAGGUUUUGUUAAUUGUGGACAAUGCUUCUUGCCACAAAUUAGAAUGCGAUGUUAAUUUGGGAAACAUUAAAAUUGAUUUUUUUCCCCCGAAUGCCACCUCUGUCAUGCAACCUUUGGAUCAGGGAAUUAUACACUGCUUUAAGGCCCAUUACAGAAGAUGUAUAACAAAGAAGCAACUUCUUCAUUUGGAUAAUGGGGAAUCCCUAUCUGAUUUUUCAAAAAAAAUAAAUUUACUGAUUGCGUUAAAAAUGAUAAAAAGAGCCUGGUGGAUGGUGACUCCUUUGACCAUAAAGAACUGUUUCCGGAAAGCUGGUUUGACUUUUAACAGUGAUGAAGAAGUAGAAGUAGAACCAGUAGAUGAAGAAAAUAAUUUUCCGACAGCAAUAAGAGAAGAAAUUGAUUAUCUUGUAAAUAUAGAUCAGGAUCUUCCUUGUUUUGGCGACAUGACAGACGAAGACAUUAUAAAUGAGGCAGCACUACAAUUCGAAGAGCUUGGAGACAACAGAUCUGCAUCUGAAAAUGAUUCAGAUGUGGAAAUUUUGGGUUUUCAGAAACCAACACUCCAAGAAGCUUUUAAAUCUCUCGGUGUUCUUAAGCAGUUUUCGGAUGGUGAUAUUGAACUAGAGCUAAUUCUUGAUGAGAUCGAAUAUAAAAUGAUGAAUUGCCAUUUUAAGUCUUUGUCACAAACUAAAAUUGAUGAUUUUUUUAAAAGGAAGUGAAAUUUUUUCUUUAUUGAACUAACAAUAUUUUAUUCAAAAAUGUGAAUAUUUAUGUAUUUAAAACCUUAAUGAAGCCUAUUUUUGGUAUGCACAAUGUGAAAAUCAAUUAAAGUACAAAAACUCAUAUGUGAUUUAAUAUAAUUUAUGCAAUAUGUAUGUAAUACUACCUUUGAAUUCCUAUAUAAUAUGUACAUACAUACGUGUUUAGUUUUUUUUUAUUGAAUAAAUUAUUUUUGUGUUAUUUGAUUGUUGUGUUACUCAAACUAUUUUAUUUAAACUUUUUCCAGGCAAUAGAUAAAUAUGUACACUUGUUUCCAGCGUUAAAUCUUCAUUUAAUGGAAUUUUUAAAUCCGCUUAAGUGAAAUUUUUUUUCACUUAUCCGGACUCCGCUUAAGUGAAACUUUUUUCACUUAAGCGGGGUCCGUUUAAGUGAAAAACCCGCUUAAGUGAAAGAGGGACUGUGGCAUUUGGCAGUUUCUCUUAAGCGGGUUUGAC